GCUUGGAGCCUGGGAAUUAAAUCAGAAAUCAGAAGUUAGGCCCGUUCUCCAGUUCUCCUUUACCUUACUCUCUUUCCCGUUCUCCUUCACCUUCACGCGAAUAAAUCAGAAUUGAUUGAGCCUCUGCCUUGACGCGAGUUCACCGUUCAUCUCACUUUCGCCUCGCUUCUCUCACUCGUUCGAGUUGCGAUAGGGCUGAGAGAUUGAGAGAGUAUGAACUGCACAUGGAGCCUAUUCCAGCUACGGCAGACGUCCACGUCGACUUCUUCUCUUCUCUUCAGAAGCUACAAUAUUCCUAAAGGUGCAAAACUUGUCCCUCAGAAGUUUAUCCACCCAACUUUGUGCUUCUGCCAGCAAAUGCAGACGACGGCAUAUGAAAUUGUCAAUGGAAGCUACGUUCCUGCCGGUGAUACUAAUCAAUCGAGUAGAACAAUUAAGGAUAAAGUUGCUAAAAAGCCGCUCGAAGCUGUUGGUGCAUUUCAGAAGCUUCCAAUGGUGAUGCCAUCGGUUGAUAUUCUGUACUCAGCAUUGAGGAAAGCGAAGAGGGUCUCAGCUACAAAAGGUAUUGCGAAUGCUGCAAAGCGUGAAAGAAACAAAGGCGCCAAACAACUUGAUGCAUUGAUGAAAGAACUUGCAGUUCCCUUGAGGACGUACAAGGAGAAUUUCCCAGAAAAAAGGGAUUUGCACCCUUACGAACGGUCUCUAAUCGAAUUGACUCUUGGAGAUGGGAACUACGAGGAGGUCUUGGGAAAAGUUGAUACUUUGCGGAAGAAGCUAGUGUCAGUAGGAAAAGAACAUGCUUCCUUUUGUGCCAAGUCACACACGAAGCGUGAAGCUGAGGAGCGACUGAGUGAGGGAAUGAAGAAAAUUGAAGAAAUUUUUAAUAAUGAAGGGAAAGCUGUAGAUGAACUUCUGCAUAUUGCCAAGACUUUACGUGCAAUGCCAGUAGUUGAUCUUCAAACACCCACUUUGUGUCUUAUUGGGGCACCUAAUGUAGGAAAGUCGUCUUUGGUACGUUUACUAUCGACAGGAAAGCCCGAGGUUUGUAAUUAUCCUUUCACGACAAGAGGAAUUCUGAUGGGUCACAUGACUUUGAGCUGCCAGAAUUUCCAGGUGACAGAUACACCUGGUCUACUAAGAAGACAUGAUGGUGAGUUACUUCCCAUUGCUAUUCCACCUUUGUACUUUAGUGAAUUAAAGAAUAGGAAUAAUUUAGAAAAGUUGACGCUUGCUGUCCUCUCCCAUUUGCCAACUGCUGUUCUCUAUGUUCAUGACCUCUCUGGAGAAUGUGGGACCUCCCCUUCUGAUCAGUUCAUCAUUUACAACGAAAUAAAAGAGAGGUUUGGGGACCAUCUAUGGCUUGAUGUAGUGUCUAAAUGUGAUCUGAUAAAUGAUUCCCCAGUAGUCUUCGCCACAGAAGAUAGUAAAGCUGAUAAUGUUGAGCUGGUAAAGUAUCGUAUGGUGGGACCUGAUGGGGCAAUACGUGUAUCUGUCAAGGAUGAAUUGGGUAUUCGUGAGUUGAAGAAUAGAGUGCACGAGCUACUAGUUACUCAAUCUGCAAAGCUAAAAAUAUCAGAGAGCAAAGUCCUUGAAGAUCCCAAAUGAACAGAUUCUCCUGUGAACCAGGAAAUUUUACCACUGUGCUAAGAAGUUACUCAACACAGUUGUGGUAAAUUGUUGAUAAUGAGAUAGGGCCUGCUAACAUCUGUAUGCAGAGACUGGAUAUGACUUGGUCUUCUGACUUGGCUUGGUUAAGUUAAAAUCCAUGAAAGGGCCAAGACUUUUGAGAUGAGGGUAUUUGGAGGAACAUGCGAGGGACUUUUGAGUGAGGCAUACAUUUGCACUCAGUUGUUGUGAGCCCCUUUAUUUGUUUUCACUCAGUUCGUUCUUUUCUUUUCUUUUUUACCCUAUUUUAAUAGUUUUGCAUCUCAAAUGUAAUUAUUAUAUUGUUAAUUUUGCCAUUAAGAGUUGGGAUUUCAGCAUUUGAUGAAUAGAUCCAGUCUUGGUUGAUUUAUCAGAGGCUGUUACCAAAGUAGAAACUAGAUCCAGUCUCCUAUUUUCUGUCAGCACUUGAAAAUAGCUUUAGGACAAAAGGCAUGCCUGUUAAGCUGGAAAUGAACUGUAUUUCUCAAAGCUACAUGAAGAAAAAAUGGAAGAUUAUUCUCCACAAAAUUAUGGAUGAUCCUUUCCAAUUGUAAAGGAUUUACAAAUAUGUACCAUGUACAGAUCCAAGUCGAACUACCAAUCUCCCAUAUGAAUUCAAAUCUACAUUUGUCAGGUAAAAGGCAUACCCAUCCACUCCAGUUACAUAUGGAAUUUGCACUACAAGAAAAACUCACUGUAUUUGCAGAAAAGACGUAUGGCAUUCUUAUGCAUUCUUAAGGAAUACGUCUACUGGAUAAAGGACGUCAUCUUAGAUUUUUAAACAUUAAAUCGUUAAUUUGGUUGAUUCCAAUAUCGGAUAUAGGCUCAAUGGGCCGUUCGUCAUCGUCUCCUGAAGUGAUUUCACUCACUGGCUCCCUACGAAUUUUACCAAACAUCACAUUCAAGGAGGUUGAAGGAGGGGUAGCCAUGAAGUUCAAGCCAAUAUAAAACACAAUAGCCAAUACGAUUGUUACCAUUACAUAGCAAGGCACAGCUAAAGCCCAAUACCUGGAGGAAAAAAAAAAAAAAAAGUAGCACCAAUAAGACUGCAUUACUGAGGGGGCAAUCAAAGCAACUGAAACAACGGUUGUAAUGGAGCCGACAAAGCCAUAGACCUCGGAGGGCUUGGGGCCGUGCUCGCCGGAGACGCCGAAUCCCGGGCGGCCAUCGGCGUCGGGAAAAGACACGCUGGCUCUCCGAUUCUUGGAGAAGCUCAGUAUUCUUCGCGGGCUGUUUACGGAACAUCGUUCUUCCAUUCUGAAACCUAAUUCUUCUCUCACUUGUGUGGGAUUAAGAGUUUUGUAAUCACCAAUCGGACAUUUUCGAGCGAAUCAGCAAUGAGAUUGAUUCACAACAUAAAAUCGCCAUCUUUAGAUAGAAUUCUUCAGAAGAGCGAUUUUGAGAAAAGAGAGAAGGUUCAUACUUCGUAGUCUGGUACAUACUCCUAAAUCC